CUAAUGCAAUUGGAAGACAAGGAAACGGGAAGAGGAAUCUACUUAUAAUUGUUAUUUUGAUCUCAUUUCUACUAUUUCUUUUACUGCUUUGCCUAUUUGUUUACCGAACUAGAAAGCAAAGUGGGGAAGGCGAUGAUUUGCUCAAUUUUCAAGUAGGCAUGAGCAUGAAAGUUAAUAAAGACUCGGACAUUGCAGACAACAAGAGUAUAAAAGUGAGGAGGAAAGAAGUCAAGUUGCCAUUAUUCAGUUUUGCAAGCGUUUCAGCAGCAACCAAUAACUUCUCAGAUGCAAACAAGCUUGGUGAAGGUGGCUUUGGACCUGUUUAUAAGGGCAUAUUAUUGAAUGGGGAUGAGGUUGCUGUAAAAAGGCUAUCUCGAAGAUCGGGUCAAGGAUGGGAGGAGUUAAGAAAUGAAGCAUUGUUAAUUGCAAAACUCCAACAUAAUAAUCUUGUUAGACUUCUCGGCUGUUGCAUUGAGCGAGAUGAAAAAAUGCUUAUCUAUGAAUUCAUGCCCAAUAAAAGCUUGGAUUGUUUUCUCUUCGAUGCAAUAAAAAGAAGGAUGCUAGAUUGGGGAACACGGGUUCGAAUAAUUGAAGGCAUCGCCCAAGGACUUCUUUAUCUGCAUCAAUAUUCUAGGUUCCGGAUCAUUCAUCGAGAUUUAAAAGCUAGCAACAUAUUGUUAGACACCAACAUGAAUCCUAAAAUAUCAGAUUUUGGAAUGGCUAGGAUAUUUGGUGAGAAUGAGCUUCAAGCAAAUACAAAUCGGAUUGUUGGAACUUAUGGCUACAUGUCUCCUGAAUAUGCAAUGGAAGGCCUUUUCUCAGUUAAAUCCGACGUCUUUAGCUUUGGAGUUCUUCUGUUAGAGAUUAUAAGUGGCAAGAAGAAUACUGGUUUUUAUCAAACAAGCUCUUUCAAUCUUCUUGGAUAUGCUUGGGAUCUUUGGAACAAUGAUUCUGGAAUGGAGCUAAUUGACUCAGAAUUGGAUGAUAUCUCCAACAAGCAUUUAGUACCAAGAUACGUGAAUAUCGGACUUCUCUGUGUUCAACAAAGUCCGGAAGAUAGGCCAACCAUGUCUGAUGUUGUAUCAAUGAUUGGUAAUGACACUGCAUCCCUUCCGAUUCCAAAGCCACCAGCAUUUCAAAACGUGAGAGGUAUUGAAUAUUCAAGACUCUCAAAAAGCAUAGAAGGAAACAUUUCUCUGAAUGGCAUCACAGAUUCACUCAUUGAAGCAAGAUGAGUUUUAGAGUGACUUCGCUAGUUGUAAGAAUUUAAUAGUUACUUGUUUGGGUAACAUUGAAAAAACUUGUGUCAAUGCUACUAUUAUUUCUUUCCUUUAUCUACUCCAAUGUUGUUUUAGUAAAAUCUGUCAAGGAUAAUCAUUAGGAGAAUAAAAUUUGUUAGUAGUUUAGAAAAUUAGUUAAACUUUAAAUUAUAUGCUCUAUAAAUAAAGAUUUUGUA